UGUUCAGAAUGGUUGCCAUCAGCUUCUUGCUUUGCUGCCCAUUUUUAUUCAUUGCGGUUGUAGAGCAGGGUCAAGCAGUAGUGGUUACGGACGCAGAUCCGUCCGAGUACCCAUACGCGGUCAGGUUUCACCUUUUUCAACCUGGCUUCCCGUUUGAUAUCACUUAUCCUGGAAUGGUGGUCAGUAGUAAAUUCGUGCUACUCACUUUCGCGUCAGCCAUUGUCAGCUCCUAUAAUUUCACAAUCACUGACCAGUUUGGCGUGGCUCGAACCCCUGUCAAAAACGGAUCAAUCGUCUCUGGCCGGUUUACAUAUUUCAAAGUAUGUAACAAAUUUCGUGGAGCAAAGUAUCCGCUCCGUGAAAGUGACUUUAACAACCUGACCACCGCCAUCCCUGACGCUCAGAUAAUUUUUUACAAUGCAACAUCGACGGUCCUGAGAAAGGUGACUGUCCCUGUGAUGAACAAAACUGCCUGCGCUACCGCUACAAACUCGAGCUCCGCAACAAUGACCGAUAUGUGCGUGGAUAGCAGUGGAUUUACUGACUUGUGCCCGGUCUUCUUUUUAAAUGGUCCAGAUCAUUCAUUUGGUUGGAAUCCAGUGCUAGCGAUUGGUGGCCAGGUACAAGGCUUACCUUUUGGUUUCGGCUGCGACCAAUCUUAUUGGAAAUGUACGGACAUCGCUCUUUUCCUCCAGAACUUGACAAGUGAAAUUCCUGUUGUGGAUAUUUUCGUUUAGUUAGAUUUUUCCGAUCAGAAAAUUUUAUUUGUCAAUAACACAAUAAAUGUUCUCCGCCUGGUA